AUGCCUUUCUGUAACGUGGUCAUCUACUCAUAUCACUAUCUGUUAGAUCCGAAGAUCGCCGAAAGAGUGUCGAAAGAACUCUCCAAGGACUGCAUUGUCGUAUUUGACGAAGCUCACAACAUCGACAACGUCUGCAUCGAAUCACUAAGUAUCGACAUCACCGAAGACUCAUUACGAAAGGCCGGAAGAGGUGCAGCCAAUCUGGAGAGAAAGAUUAGCGAGAUGAAGACGACGGACGCAGCAAAGUUGCAGAACGAAUAUGCAAAGCUGGUACAAGGUCUUCGAGACGCAGAUGAGGCCAACGAUGAGGGUGCAUUCAUGAGGAAUCCAGCACUACCGGAUGAUUUGCUCAAGGAAGCGGUCCCAGGAAACAUCCGAAGGGCAGAGCAUUUCGUCGCUUUCCUCAAACGUUUCGUCGAGUAUCUGAAGACUCGCAUGAAAGUAUUGCAUGUCAUUUCAGAGACACCACCUUCCUUCCUGCAACAUCUCAAGGAGCUCACCUUUAUCGAAAGAAAGCCUCUGCGCUUCUGUGCAGAGCGAUUAACAUCUCUGGUCAGGACCCUGGAACUUCAGAACAUCGAGGACUACCAGCCACUGCAAGAAGUUGCCAGUUUUGCGACUCUGGUUGCAACAUACGAAACGGGUUUCCUUCUGAUUCUCGAACCCUACGAAUCAGAGACCGCUACUGUGCCCAAUCCUAUUCUUCACUUUACUUGCCUGGACGCUGCAAUUGCCAUAAAACCUGUGUUCGACCGCUUCAGUUCGGUGGUGAUCACCUCUGGCACAAUUUCUCCUUUGGAAAUCUACCCAAAGAUGCUUGGCUUCAACACGGUAGUUCAGGAAUCUUACAGCAUGACGCUGGCCCGUCGCUCCUUCUUGCCCAUGAUCGUAACUAGAGGAAGCGACCAAGGCGCCAUCUCGUCCUCGUUCACCAUCAGAAACGACCCCGGCGUCGUGCGCAACUAUGGCAACCUCUUGAUCGAAUUCUCCAAGAUCACGCCCGACGGCAUCGUGGUAUUCUUCCCUUCAUACCUGUACAUGGAGAGCAUCAUCUCCAUGUGGCAAGGCAUGGGCAUCCUCGACCAAGUCUGGAAACAUAAACUCAUCCUCGUGGAAACACCCGAUUCACAAGAAACCUCCUUGGCGCUGGAGACCUACCGUACUGCAUGCAGCAACGGCAGAGGCGCCAUCUUACUGUGUGUCGCACGUGGCAAAGUUUCGGAAGGUAUUGAUUUCGACCACCACUACGGCCGCACUGUGCUCUGCAUCGGCGUCCCGUUCCAAUACACCGAAUCCCGCAUCUUGAAGGCGCGCCUCGAGUUCCUCCGUGAGACGUACCGCAUCCGCGAAAACGACUUCCUUUCUUUCGACGCCAUGAGACAUGCCGCUCAAUGUCUUGGUCGUGUGUUGCGUGGUAAAGACGACUACGGCAUCAUGGUGCUCGCCGACCGCCGCUUUGGCAAAAAGCGCGUGCAGCUGCCCAAAUGGAUCAAUGCCGCUUUGCUCGAAGGUGACAGCAAUCUCUCCGUCGACCAAGCCGUGGCGACUGCAAAGAGGUUCUUGAAGAUGAUGAGCAAGCCUUUCCCGGCAAAGAUGCAGGAAGGUGUUAGCACGUGGAGUAUUGAAGAUUUAGAAAGGCAUAAGGAAAAAGUUGAUAAGGAGAGGCAGAGGGAUGAGAGGAAUGCUGGCAUCAGCGGUGAUGCGGUUAUGAGAGAGGCUCACGCUGCAGAAGACGAGUAUGGAGGUUUGGACGACGAUGAUAUCAUGCAAGUCGAUGCUUGA